UGGCCAAGCACCCCUUGGCCGAGAAGCCCUGCCAUGGGUUCAGCGCCAAUGCGUGCAGAUGCAAGAUCAGUGCAGCUGCGAGAUCCACAAGCCAAGAGCGAAGGACGCGAAGGAAGCGAAGGGAGCCCGAGCUCGAGCUGGUGGUGUUGCCUAGCGGACGUCAGCUCUGACACAGACUUCGUGGACGCUCGAAGUAUUGUCGGGCUGUUGCGGGAGUUGUUCGAAUUGCAAGAUCUGAAUUCCAACGGGUUCCUGGAAGAGUCCGAGCUUAUUGAGCUCAACCUGAUCAUUGCCAGCUUGCACUACGGAAACGUUGAUGACGCCUUGCUGCAUAAGAAGUACCAGGCGCUCUUCCGUCAAAACUUGGACCCCCACGGCAAGCCGGUGCCCUUCCGCAUAUUCCGGCAACACAUGAUGAAGGUGCUUGAUGACCAUGAUCCUGACACCAUAGCACAGGAAAUGAUUGUGGAACAAUUCAUCGCUGAAGCGCAGCUGGCCCGGAAGUUCCUCGGAAUUCGGAAGUUUUGCUAGCGCCCGACGCCGAAAGCGGCACCGCGGCACCGCGGCACCGCGUGGCCCCGUGCGAGCACGAGGCCGAGGCGCGAUACCCCAGAAGCGGGAAGCGCGGGAAGUGUACAGAGCCCUCGAGAGAGGCCAAGGGCCAGACCCAACAAUUGAAUGCUGAGCUUCAGCGCGCUUGAGAACUCGAAGGGAUGGAUUCCGGAUGGAUGUCCCGACGUCCUCAUUCGGAGGAGGGGCAAUUUAAUUGAGAGUUGU